AUCAAAAGCGAAAAGAGGGCGGGUGGCGUUCUAGAAUCCCAGAGAUUGCGUUCAGUCCGUGAAAGUACUUGAGCGAGUGCGGAACUUGAGCUUCGGGAGCGCGUGCCGUUUUAUUUUGAUUUUGGAAUACGCCGCCAAGUGACACUUGUCUGUGCUAUACUAAGCCUGAAGUGGUGAUACCGUUCGCAACUAACAAGAACCAAUAACAUCGAACUGGGUGUCAGGCGCUAGUUGUUUCUAUCAUGGUGGGGACAAAGGCGGACGGCAGUACUAAUGGAAAACAUCCUCAGCUAAUGACGGAAAUCACCCGGAAAUAUCCAACGAACAGGGAUGACUCGUUGAAAUCCCCCUAUCGCUGGCUAGAUGGGAGACGUGCAGAUGAUGGAGCCGAAGGUCUCUGGAGGAUCCACGACACGUUGUACGAUUUGAGUCAGUUCAUCGAAAGGCAUCCGGGUGGCUCGGAAUGGAUUCGAUUAACUCAGGGUACGGACAUAACAGAGGCCUUCGAAACGCAUCACAUAACGGCUAACGCCGAAAAUCUGCUGCCCAAGUUCAAAGUACGGGAAGCCAGCCAACCUCGCAAUGUUCAACUCACGUUCAAGGAUGAUGGAUUCUACCGCACGCUCAAACGAAGAGUCCGGGAAAAGUUGGAACAGCUCGAUUCCAAACCCAUUCACAAAUCGGAAACCGUAAUCGAUUCGCUUCUGAUCGUGAUGCUGGUGUUGGCAUUCCUGGCCGUGCGAUCCGGAAGCUAUCUGAUAGCAGCUGCUUGUGGACUUUUUGUUUGCUGGACAAUUAUAGCGGCCCACAACUUUUUCCACCAGAAAGACAACUGGCGGAUGCGGUUGUUCAAUCUUUCGUUUUACAGCUAUCGGGAAUGGCGAAUUUCUCAUGCAAUGUCUCAUCACUUGUAUCCCAACUCGUUGCUGGAUUUGGAGAUUUCAUUCUUCGAGCCUGUCUUCUGCUGGCUGCCCAAUCCCGCAAUGAAAGGGACCGUGCAACGCUUUGGAUCAUGGAUUUAUGGUCCCAUGUUGUACACCCUUGGCUUUCUAAGCGAUUUUCUUAAGAGACUCAUCUACACCAUCAAAACUGGCAAGUGCAGCUUCUACGCUGACGAUUUGAUAGCAUUUGCACUUCCGACCUACAUGUACGUGGUAGGAUCUCCUGUCCCUCUUGGAGACGUACUGAGAAUGUGGCUGUUCAUCACUCUGGUAGCUAGCUUUUGUUUUGCGUUCACUGGUCUGAACGCAGCUCAUCAUCAUCCGGAUAUUUUCCAUUCUGGAGAUGAAAUUCCAGCCCAGAUCGACUUCGGAGUGUACCAGAUUGCAACGGUCAUCGAUCGGGCCGAUGUGAAGGGAUCGCUCUUUGCGGUGUUGACCACUUUCGGAGAUCACUGUUUGCAUCACAUGUUCCCGACGGUGGAUCACGCCAUCCUGCCGCAGCUUUAUCCUGUGUUUCACAAAACGUGCGAGGAGUUCGAAACGAUCUACCGUGAAUGUUCAUGGCUGCAUCAUAUAGUCGGGCAGCAUCGGCAGUUGGCUCGAAUCGAAACGAAAACCUACGAUCCGGCUAAAAAGUGGAAGUAGUUAUGGUCAAUAGGUGCAAUAAUAGUUUAAACUAAUUUUACCAAAGAUAUUCGGGGGGAUGUGUACUGAUUAAAAAAACAAACGGGUGAUAUUUUUGUAAAUAAAUUUGUUUUUUUAGGAAUGUUAA